GUCAGCUAAUCAAUUUCUCAUCGUGCGGAUAUAUAAGUCUCGCUCGAUUGCACCAUCCCCACUCCCUCUUUCUCUCCUACCAUCCUCCUCCCCCGCUGUUACACCCGUCUCGUCUCGCGAAUCAACAUGGUUGCGUCCAGUGUGCUCGGUUUCCCUCGUAUUGGUGGUAACCGUGAGGUGAAGAAGGCUGUUGAGGCCUACUGGGCCGGCAAGAUCUCUGCCGACGAGCUCACAAAAGCCGCUGCCGAUGUGCGCAAGACGAGCUGGACCAACCUUAAAGAGCGCGGCGUCGACCUCAUCCCGAGCGGCGACUUCUCGCUCUACGACCACGUUCUCGACCACUCGGCUGCUUUCAACGUUAUCCCCAAGCGUUACAGCGGCCACAACCUCUCGGCCCUCGAUGUCUACUUUGCCAUGGGCCGUGGUCGCCAAGCCGCGGGUGUCGACGUCCCUGCCUGCGAAAUGAAGAAAUGGUUUGACUCCAACUACCACUUCGUCGUCCCAGAGUUCUCGGAUGAGACCGACUUCCAGCUCAAGUUCAACAAGGCUCUUGAGGAGUACAACGAGGCGAAGGCCCUCGGCAUUGUCACGCGCCCGGUCGUCCUUGGCCCCGUCUCUUUCCUCGCUCUCGGCAAGGCCGCCAAGGAGGCGAAGCCCGGCUUCCAGCCCAUCUCUCUCCUCCCCAAGCUCAUCCCCGUCUACAAGCGUCUGCUCGCUGACUUGAAGGCUGCCGGCGUCGAGUCCGUCCAGGUCGACGAGCCCGUGCUUGUCCUUGACCAGGCUGCGUACUAUGAGAAGCAGUAUGCGCAGGCUUACUCUGAGCUUGUUCCUGUGUCUCCCAAGAUCGUGUUGGCUACCUACUACGGACGUCUCGGCUCUAACCUCAGCUUCGUGGCGAAGCUCCCCGUCGCUGGCCUCCAUAUUGACCUCGACCGUGCCCCGAAGCAGCUCGACGAGGUUGUCGCUGCGUUGAAGCCCACCGCUCAGGUUCUGUCGCUCGGUGUCGUCUCCGGCCGUAACAUCUGGAAGGCAGACCUCGACGCAGGCAUCGUCUUGGGCCAGAAGGCGAUCUCCGUCCUCGGUGCUGACCGCGUCAUCAUUGCUACCUCAUCUUCGCUUCUGCACACCCCCGUCACCCUUGCGUCCGAGAACAAGCUCACUGCUGAUCAGAAGGAUUGGUUCUCCUUCGCUCUCGAGAAGGCCGAGGAGGUUGCUGUUCUCGCCGCUGUCCUCUCUGACUCCCAGGAUGCUAAAGUCUCCUCCGCCCUUGCGGCGAACAAGGCUUCCAUUGCCAAGCGUCGCGACUUCGAGCGCACCUCCGACGAUGCCGUCAGGAAGCGGGUUGCCUCCAUCACCCCCGACAUGUUGGAGCGCAAGAGCCCCUUCGCUGUUCGCAAGCAGCUCCAGGAAAAGAACCUCGGGCUACCGAAGUUCCCGACCACCACCAUUGGUUCCUUCCCGCAAACCGCGGAGAUCCGUGCUGCGCGUGCUAAGCUCAACAAGAAGCAGAUUGGCGAGGCCGAGUACGAGGAGUUCAUCAAGAAGGAGAUCGAGUACGUCGUCCGGUUCCAAGAGCGCAUCGGCCUCGACCUACUCGUCCACGGUGAGCCCGAGCGUAACGACAUGGUGCAGUACUUCGGCGAGCAGUUCCAGGGCUUCGUCUUCACCCAGAACGGUUGGGUGCAGUCCUAUGGCUCCCGCUACGUCCGUCCCCCCAUCAUCGUCUCGGACGUCAGCCGCCCUCACCCUGUCACGGUCAAGUGGAGCAGCUACGCGCAGAGCGUCACCUCCAAGCCGAUGAAGGGUAUGCUUACGGGCCCGGUGACCAUCCUCAACUGGUCGUUCCCUCGUGCGGACAUCUCUCGUGAGCUCCAGUGCAUGCAGCUCGCGCUCGCGCUCCGCGACGAGGUCGUCGACCUCGAGAAGGCUGGCAUCAAGGCCGUGCAGGUCGACGAGCCCGCCCUCCGUGAGGGUCUCCCGCUCCGUAAGGCCGACUGGGACUCGUACCUCAAGUGGGCGCUGCCGUCGUUCAAGCUCUCGACUGCGGGCGUUACCGACAGCCUCCAGACGCACUCGCACUUCUGCUACUCCGACUUCGACGACAUCUUCCCGUCGAUCCAGGCGCUCGACGCGGACGUCAUCUCGAUCGAGGCGUCGAAGAGCGACAUGAAGCUGCUCACGACGUUCAAGCAGUACGGUUAUUCGAACCAGAUCGGCCCCGGUGUCUACGACAUCCACUCGCCUCGUGUCCCGGGUGAGCAGGAGAUCAAGGACCGUAUCGCGUCCAUGCUCGAGAUCCUCCCCGAGGAGCUGCUCGUCAUCAACCCUGACUGCGGUCUUAAGACCCGUGGCUGGAAGGAGACCGAGGCUUCGCUCGUGAACCUCGUCAACGCCGCCCGCUGGGCGCGCCAGACCUACGCGUGAACGCGAUCUGCAUUGCGCUUCAACAGCGCCCGCAUGGUGGCCAUGUAGUGACCGGCGCGUCGCCCUCUCAACGAGGCCGCGCUGUGUUCUUGACCCAGGGUAUUAAGCUGUGGCGACAAAAC